CUUAUACUGAGUGAAUAUUGAUUUGAAGCCUUUGAUACAAGAUCAAUUUUUGUACUCGGCGCGCACGCACAGCCUACCUUUACUUUGCAUCUACACAAACGCAACCAGCUGGUUUCAACAACACCCAACCAAAAACUGCGAAGAAUAAAAAUCAACAUGUCCGACGCCACACCCACCUGCACCCAGGCCCGCUACUGCUCGUCGACCUGCCAAGCGGCCGACUGGAAGCGCGGCCACCGCCGCACCUGCGCCGGCGCCCAGAAGCACAAGUGCUUCCUGAUCCGCGCCCUUCCCAUCACUACCAACACCACCACCACCACUGACCCAAACCAACCCCCCAAAGACGCACACUACCUCGAGCCCUUCCCCCUCGACGCCUACGGGGACUGGGGCAAGGAGCGCCAGGAGAUCCAGGCGCGACUGAACUGGACCGCAGUCUACGAGUCGGGCACGUUCUUCUCGCACCAGAAGACAAACGACUGGCACUAUCACGUGUACGCGGCGGCGGCGGCCGGAGAGCUCCUCCCUAUCAACCCCCCUGCGACGAGGUGUCUGAGCGAACGGGUGCGCGGGGACGUGGUGGUGGUGCGGUCCUCGGCGACCGAUGUGAAUGACUACGAGGAGGCGUUCUCGGCGACGGAGCUGGCGCGCACCCUGGGUUACUAUCGGACGGUGGAGGAUGUGAAGGCGGAGCGGGAGAGGAGGGAGAGGGAGCGCAUCGCGGCCAAGUUCGGGUUGGAUGAGAAGAUGUUGCCCCCGAGGAUCGUGAUGACUAUGCCUUGAUUUUUGGGUCUUGGUUUUUGGGAAGAGGGGGGGUGGCGAUAGGGGUUUGGGGUUGGAGGUUUGGGAUCAAGUAUGCUGCAUGGAGUGCUGGACUUUGUUGUUGUUGUUGUUUGGCUCUCUGGUUUGUGGGUGGGUGGAGUGUCAGCCACUGUCUAGACCGAAACCUCAGAUGCGAACCGGCUGCAGUACGGAGUACAACUUUUGCUUAGUUAGGUGCAGUACGAUAAACUUCUAUCACGUUCUUCACAGCUUGCAGGUGCAGGUGCAGGUGCAGGUUCAAAUACAGCUGAGCAGGGACCAGGGGGCCCGCUUCAAGCGCGGUUAACGACAUCCUAUUUUUCAGUCCCC